AUGGCAUCGUCGGGGGCUUGCGUCACGUCUUCUCCCCAGGGGGGAGUAGACCGGGAGGAGUCCGCUUCGGUUCCUCUCCCCGUAUCGUGUGAUCCUUCGUCUUCGGCGGCGGCCGCAGCAGAGAGUCCUUUGUACUUCGAAUAUGCUAUUCCUCAAUCUGCGUCUCUCUUUACCGAGACGCAAGUCGAUCAGCAAGAGACGGAGCUCGCUUGUUUGAAUUGCUAUCGGAGCUUCUUCCACGGCUUCUGCGCAGACGCGGCGUCGGACUGUAGUUCUCCACGGUCUGCUUCUUCCCCUGCGUCGCCUCGCUUGCGGAUCCGUCCGGUGGAGACGUCGGACACCUCAAGCGACAAUGGAGAGGCGAACGAGUCGCCCCGGCCCGAGUCUCCUGUCUCUGCACAGAGCGGUAGCGAGUGCCAAGGCCCAGAUGGGAGCGGCCCUGAAAACCGACCGCUAAAACUCCGAAUGCGGGAUCAUGUUGCGUUCUCCAAAUGUCACCUCGACAAGCCAUUCACUAGCGGCAUGAUGGAGCUCGACGCUUCUCGCUGCUGGCUUGUCUUCUGGAUGACUCACGCCCUCGACUUGAUGGGUGCCUUCAAUGCCGCGCGCUACCGAGACCGGAUUCUCUGCUUCUUGGAGGCUGCGUGGGACCGUCAAGCUGGAGGCGGAUGGGGAGGCGGCCCCGGGCAGCAAGCGCAUCUGGCGCCGACAUAUGCGGCGGUGGCCACCAUCUUUGUGUGCGGUGGAGCCGGCGAGUGGUGCGGCAGAAUGAAGCAGGUGCUGCAAGCAGAACGCAGGGAGAGGCGCGGAAAGGGCAGAGCAGACGCAGCGUCGAAAGAUGUUCCUAGCCACUCGGCAGGAGGCAGCCGCAGUGAAAAGGAACGAACUGACCCGCAGGGGGAGACAGCGGAGGGAGAGCGGAAGAGCGUCGAGGAUGCGGACGAUGCGGACCCUCGCCAGCGCAUCUACGAGUGGCUCAUGCGCGUCAAGAGCCCUCUUGGAGGCUUCCGCAUGCAUGUCGGUGGCGAGAUCGAUAUGAGAGGAACCUAUUGCGCAGUGGCGACAGCAUCCAUGCUUAACAUGCUGACAGACGAACUCGUCGAGGGCGUCGCGGAGUAUGUUUCAGGCUGUCAGACCUACGAAGGAGGCAUUGCAGGGGAACCUGGUCUCGAAGCUCAUGGCGGCUACACGUACUGUGGUUUGGCGGCUCUUUGCAUUCUGGGGAAGGCCCAUGAAUUUCUGGACCUCGACCGUCUCCUGCACUGGGCAGUGAUGCGGCAGAUGGGAUUCGAGGGCGGCUUCCAGGGACGAACGAACAAGCUUGUCGACGCGUGCUACUCCUUCUGGCUGUCAGCUCUGUUCCCCCUGGUAGCCCACGCUUUCGAGCAGGCUGGUCGCACCGUUCCGGAGGAGCUGUGGGCGUCAUCGUGCCAUCUGCAACAGUACAUCGUCGCCUGCUGCCAAGACGCCCGAGGCGGCUUGCGAGAUAAACCUGGAAAGUCUGCGGAUUUGUAUCACACAUGCUACGCGCUCUCGGGGCUUUCCGUGGCCCAGCAUGCACUCCUGCAGUCUACCUUUUAUUGUUCUCCGGCCUCUCCCUCCGGAGAGGAAGGCGUAGACGCCAGAAGGACCGAUUCCCAUGUUAAACAGGUGGCACGCACAGAUGUCUUCUACAACGUAAGAAUUGAAAGAAUUCUCGUGGCGCGGCGCGAGCUGCUCACCGCUCUCCCUGGGUUUGUGGAACGUCGCACGGGAUGUCACGGCUUCGAGGGACCCGGUGUUGUCGCAUAUUAUUCCUCGAAGUCUCUCCAUCCGCAGGAAGCAGAACACGAAUUGUGA